UGAGGAGGCCAGUAAUUUUGCCGAGAAAGAAAGAAAGAAAGAAAGAACGAAAAAAAAAAGUCCGAGAAAGUUUGCACUUCGCAGCGACUGCGGAGAGGGAGAGAGCUUCUCAUAUGGCGACGGACGUACUCGAAGCCCCUUCGCCUACAUCUCAGUCGCCUUCCCAUUACAGUCAAUUACGGCACUUUUACCUUGCAGUUGACAGACUCCAAUUCAAGAUGGAGAUGUUGGUUGAUCUGCUGGGGAUGGCGGGUCGCCGCCCGUGCCUGCCAAUGGUGGUUUGCUGCAGCACGCGUGACGAGCUUGAUGCUGUCUGCUCCGCUGUCUCAAACCUAUCCUACAUUUCUAUAGACUCUUUGUACAGCGAUCUGGCCGAAGCAGAACGUGCAUUGAUUUUAGAGAAAUUCCGGCAAGCGACAAUGAGCUGGAAUCAAAUUGCCACUUGUCAGCCUGGAGAUGACAGUGAAUUCGGGAAAGAAGAACAGAAGUCUCACUUGAUAGUUGUGACAGAUGCUUGCCUUCCACAUCUUGCUUCAGGGGAGUCACCUAUUGCUGCUCGUGUUUUGAUAAAUUAUGAAUUACCAACAAAGAAGGAAACAUAUUCAAGGCGCAUGGCAACUUGUUUGGCGGCAGAUGGGAUUGUUAUUAACACAGUUGUUGGGGGAGAGGUGGUGACUUUAAAAAGCAUUGAAGAAAGCAGCAGCCUUGUCAUAGCCGAGAUGCCCAUAAAUAUCUUUGAAAUGUUGUGAAAAUCUUGAUCUCUCGGAACUUAAGAAGAUAUACAUGAGAAGACUUUGUCAAUUUUACUCAUAUCCAGUGGAUGAGGUAUCGACUCUCUCUGGGUUUAUAGAUUGUGCAAUCUUUUACAUUUCAUUUAUACAGAUUUCAUUUGUAAGGACUCUUAAACGCUUUGGUAAGAAAAAUGACUUGAUCUUGCUCAAACUACUUGAUGCAAGGUUCCAAUAGUUCUUUUCCUC